AUGCCGAAUAGAUGUGAUGAGAAUGCCGCAUGUAUUGAUGGGACAUGUCACUGUGAUCAAAGCAGUGCUCAGAAAGACGACUCAUGUAUUCCAAAACAGCUCGGUGAUCAACUAAAGAACUGUACCUCUAAUCAGGGAAUUUGCUCAGGUGGGAUGUAUUGUUUGAAAGGUGUAUGUGUCUGCCCAACAGGCCAGCAUCUCAUUCAUGGUUCUUGUGCAAGUACUGAACCUCAAUUCAACGUUCAUCUUCACCAUUCUACUAAACCGCUCAAAAAUCCUUUCAUUCCAUUUCCAACCCAGUCCCCAACUCCUCUCAUGAACUUGAUUAAACCGAUUGGCUAUCCGGAUUUAUCAUCUUUUGCAAAUUCGCAACUGUUCCAUAAAUCACCUCUCAACCGUUUUCAUCGUGAUGCCAACCAAGCGCAACAUUCCAAUUUCCUCAGUUAUCCGUUCAUAACUGGCGCAAGUGCGUUGCCAUUCCCUCAGUUCGACAAUCCUAACAACAACCCAAUCAUAAAUCAUGAUCAAGGCAAUUACUUCUAUCCCACGUUCAACAAUAUUCCAAUGAACAAUAAUUAUCCAGUCCUUGUAACCUUCAACAAUGCUUUAUUUGGGCUUGCAUCUGGUCCUGGGAGUGCGUGUUUUAAAGGUUGUCGUUGUGAUAGUAAUUUGAUAUGCACUAACGGCUUUUGCAUUUGUCCGUAUGGACAGAAAAUA